AUGGAGCCGAGCAGGCAAACAGAUAUGGAUUCCAUCUCCCCAAACACUCCAUUGCCAUAUCCGGUCAUAUCCGAGGAGAUGAAGCUCCUUUUGGCAGACUUUACAGCUCCAAUUACCAACAAUGUGAGUGACCAACCACAGACACUUUCGGGAGAACUCCUGAAGGAGAUACUAGAAAUAGACAAAAGGUCAGGCCACAUCAAAAACAAAAUGGAUGAAUUUGACACUUUUCACAACUUCAUGGCAGACCGUGCCCAAGAACUGUAA